GCAGCAGAUCAUUGAGCAGCCCUGCCCAGCAGCAGAUCACUGUGCAGCAGAUCACUGUGCAGCAGAUCAUUGAGCAGCAGAUCACUGUGCAGCAGAUCAUUGAGCAGCCCUGCCCAGCAGCAUGCAGCAGGAGAAAUAUGAGAAGAGCGGCGGGAGGAAGUAUUUCUUGUUUCUCAUCUAUUUCAUGGUCCUGCUCCUGGUGUCCUUCUGCUGGUUCUCCAUAAGAGGGAACAGGUCCUAUCCGGACAUUUCCAUCCUCUGCAGUCCUCAGAUAAGGACCGUACACAUUGUCAACAUCUCCCAGCUGGAUCUCUUACCAGAUCUUCCUCUUGAAAGAAUGAUGUAUGAACAGCCCAAAGCCUUAAAACCUCUGAGAACUGAUGUCUUGAUGGUGACACCUUGGCUCGCACCAAUUAUAUGGGACAGCAGCUUCAAUAUCGACAUACUGAACGCACAAUUUCACCAGAAGAAUGUUCGCAUCGGUCUCACUGUGUUUGCUAUCAAAAAGUACACAGUCUUUCUGCAGACAUUUGUCGAAACUGCCGAAAAGUUCUUUAUGGUGGGACAUAAGGUCAACUACUACAUUUUCACAGAUCGGCCCAAUGACAUGCCGAACAUCACCCUUGCUGAGGGAAGACAACUGGUGGUCUUAAAAGUCCUCAGCUACAAGAGAUGGCAGGAAGUGUCCAUGAGGCGCAUGGAAAUGAUACGUGACUAUUCCAAGGAAAGAUUUAUCCAUGAAGUGGAUUACUUGGUGUGUGUAGAUGUGGACAUGAAGUUCAGCGAUGAGGUUGGAGUGGAGAUCCUCAGUGAUGUUUUUGGCACUUUACAUCCCGGUUACAAUGGAGGACCCCGUGAACGCUUCACAUACGAGCGCAGGAAAGCAUCUACUGCUUACAUUCCUCCUGAUGAAGGAGACUUUUAUUAUGCCGGAGGAUAUUUUGGUGGCACCGUAGAAGAGGUCUACAAGUUGACCAAUUUUUGCCACACAGCGAUGAUGACCGACAAGGGGAACAAUAUUGAGGCCGUUUGGCAUGAUGAGAGCUACCUCAACAAGUAUUUCCUUUAUCACAAACCAACUAAAAUCUUGUCUCAAGAAUAUCUUUGGGUUGAAGGUUGGGGGGUUCCGGAAUUUCUUAAGAAGAGAAGAUUUGUUGCGCUUCAAAAAAAUCAUAAUGCAAUCCGGAACAAACGAGAUUUGGAUAGAAUGAGAAAUUCAAGAAUGAGAAACAAAUUUCAGAAAUAUUAAUGUAUUUUUUCUGGUGUUUUCAAAAACUCUGCAAUCGGAAAUUUAAACAAAUUGACCUACAGGAAGAAUAAGGCCGAUAAUUUCGUUUUUUUAAAAAUAUUUUUUAACCUUAUACAUUGAUAGCUUCUUCCUUUACAAAAAUUGGAAAAAAUGUAGGUAAUAUGGUAACAAUGGAUUUUUCUUCUUUGCCUCGGAUCCUCAGAAGUUUUAAGGGUUGAAGUCAAGUUCCACCUCGUAUCAGCUUUUUUGAUUCGCAUUCAUAGAAGGGUCAGGAGGGGGCAAUCCCCCU